UUUUUGCCCGCGUCAUAUUGCAAUGGCGACGUCGCCGCAACAAGCUGGACGGCUGGAUCCGACGCCAGAGAUCGACGGGGGACUUCCCUUGUCGGGAAGGCGACUGCUUCGUGAGCUAUGGAGCAUCGACAGUCAGGAAGAAGAGUCAGCCGCGGUCGAAGAAAGGGAAGAGUCUAUUCGUCCAUCCUUCCAGUCGUCCGUCUCGUCUGCGCGGAGUUCCAUAGCGGACGACCAAGAAACGCGCAUGUUUGCGUCGCUCGAAAACGGCAUAUCCAACCUGGAUGUGGACUUUUCCUGUACCCCCGGGAGUCCAUGCAUUGUGCAUGCAGGAUGGCUCAUCAAACGUGGGCACAAUUGGCACACGUGGAAGAGGAGAUGGUUCGUCUUGACUUCCGACGCGAAACUUGAGUACUUCAAGAAGCCAAACCGGAAAAAGUCCAAGGGGAAAGUGGAUUUAAAUGACGGUAUCGUUCAGGUGCAGUUCGUCGAUGUCCACCACGUCGAGCACAUGUAUGCGUUCAGCAUCACGAAAGGGUUCUACACGCUCCUGUGCAGUUGCGAGACUGGCGACGACGCCGACACUUGGGUUCGCAACCUUCGCAACGUCCGUCGGCAUACCCCUCCUGAUUUUGAAGGUCUCGAUCGACAUGUCGGAAAUUUUGCGUCGGAAGCCACCAUGUGUGCUCUUUUGAGCUCGGACAAGGCGUCCACUCACCCAGGGAAUUCAAACGGCUGGACUGCGCAGAUGCUCCGAUUCCAGCGCGUCGCUCUGUCCAGUGCGACAGGUUUUACUCCUGUCGCUGCAUCGUCGAUCUUGAAUGUUCAAACCGCCGGCGCGCAAUUCGAAGAGUUCUCGGCUGGCACGAUCCUGAACUUUAUUGACGUGAUGACGCAGCAAGCAGUGGCCACCCACCGGCCGCUGUUCAACUCGAGCGACGGAACGACCCAAGACAACUCGACGGUUCCGUUUGAAGCCAUUCUUGGCAUCCGCAUCGUCCUCGAAGAUCGCAUUUACCUGCCGCUCCAAGACGUGUUCCACAAACACAUCCAUGAUGUGCCCACGUCCCGCAUCAAAGCACGCCUCGCGAUUCUCCGCAGUCUUCCGGCCGACCUUCUAUUCGACGCAUCCGUCUUGGCAACUGCCGACACGGACUGGUCGGAUGCCAUCGCGACCUUUUCCGCCCUCGACACGGCUUCUUUACCGACACACAAAAUGCGCAUUUUCCAGCGAGCGGUCGACCUUCUUGGCCCAAAGUUCGUCGCAGCGCCAGCAGCGUACCGGUACAUGUGCAUCCAUGCCGUCGUCAUCGAUCUCGCCAUGCAAGCCGCGAUCCUUCGCCUCGUUCAGAAACACCUUCCAUUUCCAGACCUCGACGGACCAGUCCGCUUGCUUUUGGAUGCCGUGACAUGGGUGGCGAAUUUCAACCCGUCAACGUCCACGAUUUCAUCGUCUUCAGUUGCUGCGGUCUCGGCCCCAACUCUUCCGUCCGUUGUGUCUGUGAAUUUUGCCACGUCCGAACUUGGCAUUCAGUUCGCAACGCACUUACCCCAAGACCGCGGCGCGCGUGUUGUGUAUGUCCAAAAGAACUCGCAGGCCAACUGGAGCACAACGGUUCAGCCAGGCCUUGUGCUCGUCGCAGUCAACGACAUGUUUGUGGCAGCAUCAACACUUCUAGAUAUCAUCGGCCACAUACGCCGCGCCACAUUGCCGAAGCGACUACUUUUCGUCGCGGACACAGACGUCGAUUCGUUCUUGACCACGGAAUUCUACCACUUCCUUCUCUGCUCGGCCGCGGACCGAGGCGACUUUGCAACGGUCCGCUUCAUCCUAGACCGAUGCCCCCACAUCGACGUUCACGGGACUUGCAAGUGGACUCCGUCAGCGCUUACGGUCGUCGGCACUGGUCGAUCGCCGAUAUUAGCAGCACGUGCGGUGCCAGAUAUGGCCCUGCACGCGGCAGUCCACGGCGGCAACAUUGACCUCGUUCGAUAUUUGCUCGAUGACAUUGGGCUGGAUGCCAAUCGACGAAACCCCCCUCAACUUGCAACCCCGCUGCACAUGCUCGUAUCCAAAAUCGCAGAGAUUGCGCCGCUGUUGGUUUCAAACGGUGCGGGUGUCGAUGUCCCAGACAAGGAUGGCCGCACGCCAUUGCACGUUCAGUGCCGUGUGGGAAGCAAAGAAGGCAUCGUAACCCUCGUGGGAUUGGGGGCUUCCGUGAACGGGCCGUCCGCGGUCGCGUGGGCAACGGGUGCAACGCCGUUGAUGGAAUGUGUUCGUCACGGGGAUGUAUCGCUUGUCGACUUUUUGCUCCUCAAGGGGGCUCGCGUGAAUCACGAAAACAACGACAAAGAAACGGCGUUGCACGUUGCUGCGAUGCAUGGGCACGUCAGCGUGAUGGAACGGCUCGUCGAAGCCGGGGCUUCGCUGACCGCAUGCAACCGAGACGGGUGGAUCCCAGUCAUGGUGUGGCUCCACCACUUUCGUCGAAACACAAACCUGUCGUGUGACGACUUUUUGCGUGGGUUUCGGUGCGUCGUGGCUGACCCUGCGACCAUGCGGUGCAACGACGUGUGGGGACGAUACGUAGUUCACUUUGCCGCGACGUCGCUGGACCCAAAGACGAUGAAGGGUGCGAUGGAAUAUUGCCUCGAGAAAGGGGCAAAUGGUCAUGUCGAGGACGUCUUUGGCGACACGGCGAAAGAGUACCGAAAGCACCCCAAGGACCACGGCGUGUACGUUCCACCAACGAGCUACAUGAAGCACCUGAACGUGACCUUGGUCGAAUUGGGGGACACAACGAAGCGGUGGCGCGUUCAGAACGGAAAAAUCGAAGACAUUUUGGCGUAUUUGGUCGCUGACAAGUCGACCGAUCUGUCCGAAAUGAUGUCGUUCGUGCUCAAUUUCCAAGCAUACAUGGACAUGGCCGACCUCUUGUCGCUUUUCAAGGCGCGAUUUGGACACCACGACACCAAGUCCAAGCUCAAACAGGCGUGGAGCGCCAUGGGCGUCGGCAACCUUCUUCGAGACAACUGCUGCGGGGGAGUCCUGUUCUUGAGUUUACUUGGGCUGUUGUACCCGCAAGUGAUGGGGUCCGAUACGUUCGUCGAGUGCGUUGCCGCUAUACACGGCACGAUGCCUGUGGUGAACCACCAAAUUGGAAAACUCCAGCACUUUUAUAACCUGGGACCACCGACGACCCUGUACAAGGAUUUGUACCAGCACAUGACGGAAAUGUACUCCACAAAAGGCACCGAGUUCACCGUCGCCAUGACACGCAUGUCGCCGUCGACGUCCGCGUUCGACUUUGCCCGGCAGUGCACACUCCUCACGCACGCGCUAUUUAGUCACAUUCCGAUCCGGCACUUGCUCGUGCCAAAGUGUCAAGACAUUGGGUUUCUGUCGGCGAGGCACUGGUUCCAACAUGUGUCCGAGGUGGUGAUCAAUUCGAUUUUGCUCGAAGAUUCGCCAGUCGACCGCGUCCGAGUCAUUUGCUACUUUAUUGACGUGGCCGAAAUCUGUUUUGCCGCGUUUCAGAACUUUGACACGUUCAUUGCGAUUGUGUACGCGCUGCAGUCGACGCCGAUUUUCCGUCUCAAGAUUACCUUUGCGCACGUUGACCCCGUUUACACCGAGAAGCUCCGGAAGCUCCAAGUGUACACGCAAAGCGGCAGCAGAGAAAUGAACCGCGUGAUGAAGACGAUCGCGCCACCUUGUAUUCCGUUUCUAGGGCUCUUUUUACAGAACAUUGUCGGGCUCAACGAACUGCCCAAGUACGAAGAAGACUCGUUUGUAAACUUCAACCGCCUUCGCAUGAUUGGGACGUUGGCGCAAGACCUGAUGAAGUAUCAGAGCGUGCCGUAUCCGUUCCAUUCCAACCAUGCAAUCGAGGACAUCUUGCAUGUGGCGGUGCCGUUUCCGACCGAAGAAGAUCGGUACCAUCGAUCGCAUGCCGUCGAGUCGAAAGAAUCGAUCGAUGCGUUUUUGGACGCGCAACGAGAACGAACCGAGUCGGGCGAUUCCGACGGAUCGUCGUGGACAACGCGGCUCCGACUGAAUUCGACGGCCCGGCGAGAUCGCCGAGGGUCGACCUCGCACAGUGCCGUGUGAUCCUAAUUAUUCCCAUUCCCUUGACCUCCGCUUCUCUUUUGUAUUGUGCAUCGAGUUCAAGCAUGAACACGACGUAUGCAUUAUUCAG